UUGCAUGACAAUCAAUAAAACACAUUUCCCAAGGGGAAUUUCCCCAGGCGAAAUACCGCUGUCAGACAGACAAACCCAAGUCUUUGUUCUGGGACAUCUUUGGGGAGGGUGUGGUAACAAAUCUGUGCAUUGUUUAUCAAAAUGGCGACUACGAAACGUCUAGUUUUCGUGGCUGUGUGGCUGUCUCUGGUUCUUGUGGCAGAUGCACAGUUUCCCCGCGCGUGCACGGACGCCGUGAGCUUCGCGAAGCGGGAGUGUUGUCCUAUCCCCGCCGGGUUCACGGAGCCGUGCGGCGGUGCAGGCAGAGGGCGAUGUGUCAACUUCACGGAUCAGACGCCGACGGAUCAGAAGGGUUGGCCCGACACCUACGACACGGACGAUCGCCGGCGCUGGCCUAGCGUGUUCUUCACCCGCUUCUGUCGCUGUGAGGGAAACUUUGGCUGGGCAGACUGUGGCUUCUGCAAGUUUGGGUUUUACGGCUCGAACUGUACCGAGACAAAACUUCUGACGAGAAAGAACGUUCUGAACCUAACAGCAGAAGAGAAAAACAAGUUCGUCGCCUAUGUCAACAACACCAAGUACGCGCAAAUCCAAUACGUGGUGGCCAGCCAGUCCUACGUGAACUCAAGCGUCAUCCCCCAGUUUAGGAACGUCUCUGCCUAUGAUUAUUUCGUCUACCUGCAACAUUUCGUGGAUCAUCUCCCAGCUGCAGGGUCAUCACAUACCAGCGAGGUUGACUUUGCUCACCACAGCUCGGGGUUCGCUACGUUUAAUCGCGCCAUUGUGCUGGGGUUCGAGCGGGCGGUCCAAUUUGUGAACGGGGACUUCGACUUCGCGCUGCCGUACUACGACUGGACCAAGACGCCACGCUGCAACAGUUCGAACGUCUGCAGCAAUGACCUUCUCGGUGCGACCAAGGACGCGAGCGGGUUGCUGGACGACGUGUCCGUGUUUUCCCGCUGGGAAACCGUGUGCUACCGGAACGCCACGACCGAGGACAAACCCUGUGACGUGACCGUGAAAAGCGGCCCGAUCGUCCGAAAGGCAGACGGUGAUCUCCCGACAGAAGAGGAUGUGAAUUUUGCUCUGAGGUUCACCACUUUUGACCAAUCCUGUUACGACACGGCGUCCGACUGUAGCUUCCGGAAUCUUCUGGAGGGAUUUGUGAACACAACAACAGGCAUUUAUGAUCCAAACGGGAACUACCUGAACGCACGGGUACACCAGAGCCUAGGCGGGACAGGAGGGACCAUGACUCAGCAGUCGUACGCUGCCAACGAUCCCAUCUUCUUCCUGCACAGCUGCUUUUUAGACCUCAUCUUCGAGAAAUGGAUGCGAAAACACAAUGUUGCUGUUGAGGAUGCCCUGCCCGAGUCAGGCGCCGCACCAGGCCACAACCGCUAUGAGAACAUCGUGCCGUUCUUCCCGCCAUUUCCCCACGCUGACGCGUACAAGAGGUCCACCGAGCUGGGAUACGAUUAUGCUGACAUCGACAGCAUAGGAACGAGUGGCAGGAACAUUGGGCCCACUGACUGUCCCGUGACUCCACCUACCACCAAGCCCACCACAGUCCCCGAACCUGGGGGCAUCACCGGAGGGGUCAUAGCGGGCUUCUGUGUAGCGGCCGCACUCGGUAUUGCAGCCCUAGGGCUGGUUGCCUUCUGUGCGUUAUCUAACAAAAGUAAACCUGCCCCUUAGGGUAAGGAAUUUAAUGGCAAAGUUAGAACGUAUUUUGUUUAUCAUUAAAGCACAUGAAAUAAAAUACAAGACUGCGAUGGCGGCGCUUAUACUACAAUAUACUAUGCUAUAUAAUACUUAUACUACAUAAAACAACAAAGAAAUGUUUUGUCUGUAG